AAUGCCUCUCCCUUCGGCAACGAUGUGCUCCUCGAUCAUUCGAUAACAACACGUCGUUCAGUACUCGUCGAGCGAGACACGAUGUCGUAUCGUCAAAUUUUCAAGAUGUGCGUUCUUCCGAUUAACAAAAGUACGGCAACGAGCAUUGUGCGCAUCGGAAAUAAUAUUACCAUGACAACCAAAGGAAACGUAUCAUUGCAUCGUGCUUUUACGAACGAUUCUUCUACGAAUUGUCCGACCAUUAGUGAAAUCGUUGAAAAAUGGAGUCACCGGUUUGAGAAUGAAGCUGUACCAGAACCCGUUGAAUCCAUCGAACACAUCGUCGCACAUGUCGUAGGUUUAAAAAAGCUAUUAGACGUGACGAAUUUUCGUGAUAAACGACUUACGGAAGAUCAGUUGAACGAGUUAGAAUCACUUUGUCAAUGCAGAUUGGCCAGGAUGCCAGUUCAAUACAUAAUCGGUGAAUGGGAUUUUCGAGAUAUUACUUUGAAAUUAGUUCCUCCAAUUUUUAUUCCACGUCCGGAAACAGAGAUAAUAGUUGAUAUUAUUUUAAAAAAACUAAGUUAUUUGCACGGAGACGAUCGUGAAAUCUUGGAAAUUGGUUGUGGUUCUGGGGCGAUAUCGCUAGCAUUGGCACACUCCUCUAACAAGGUAAAAUGUAUAGCAGUCGAUACUAAUCCACAUGCUUGCGAUUUAACAAAAGAAAAUUGUAGCAAGCUUGGCUUGCAAGAAAGAGUAACUAUUAUACAGGCAACUUUGGAAGAAGAUGGAACAUUAAAAUCUUCUGAAAGUAUGAAUUUCGAAACUAAAAGUUUUGAUUUUAUAGUUAGCAAUCCACCGUACGUGCCAACCAAGAACAUAUUAAAAUUAGAACCAGAAAUUAAAAUUUAUGAAGAUUUAAGAGCUUUAGACGGCGGAGAAGAUGGAUUGAAGAUUAUCAGACCUCUUAUACAAUACAGUGCCAAGGCAUUAAAACCAGGAGGUCAUCUCUUUGUCGAAGUGGAUCCAGCACAUCCAGAGUACCGCUGGAUCCUCCGGUGAGAGUUGAGAAUCCGCUAGGAUACGUCUGGUAUCCACUUCUGGUAGAUUAGGUUUGUGAAACGGACCGGCACUGAGUGGUCUCGAGCCCCAAGUACCACGUGUAUGACUUGACUGGCCAGUUUCAGGAAUAUCCUCUGCCAAAUUUCUUCUUGAUGCUGACGUGCGAGGUCGAGUACUUAAUUCCGCAGGCGGAGUUGACGUCGGACUAAAAACGAUAAUAAAAUUUGAAGAAGAAAAAAAAAA